AUGUGGAAUUUUCCGCAUGCUAUAGGUGCAAUAGAUGGCAAGCACAUUGUUAUGCAAGCUCCUCAUAAUGGCGGAUCAGAGUAUUUUAACUAUAAUAAAACGCAUAGCAUAGUUCUUCUAGCUGUUUGUAAUGCUAAAUACGAAUUUACUAUGGUAGACAUUGGUGACUCGGGAAGACAGAGUGAUGGUAGCGUUUUUAACAACUGCAGUCUUGGUUAUGCAAUUGAAAAUAAUAAAUUGAAUAUUCCUGAUCCCGAAUAUAUUGGUAAUUCAGAAAAGGUAUUACCGUACGUUUUAGUUGAUGACGAUGCUUUUGGUUUAAAAAGACACAUGAUGAAACCAUACCCUAAUCAAAACAUUCCUUUAGAUCAAAAAAUAUUCAACUACAGACUUUCAAGAGCCAGAAGGGUAAUAGAAAAUACAUUUGCAAACAAUUAUGUCUACUGUCCCACAAAUUACACCGAUAUCGACGGUCCUGCUGGAUUUAGACCAGGUGAUUGGAGACAAGAUAAUUCAUGUUCUGCUGCACUAAAACCAAUGUCACAAUCAGGUUCUAACAACUACUAA